UCUGUCUGCUAAAGUUUCGAGAGUAUUAUCAGGGGGAGUCAAUACGUACGACAAUGGCCGCGGACACCAAAUCUUCGAUUGCUAAGGUGAAACCCAGCAGCCAACAACCAGGAGGAGGAUCUUCCUCAAAGCCCAAGCUCGAUUCAUCUCUCGCCAAGAAGAAAACAGUCGAGAGUUCGUCCAAGAAGCCGAUUUCUGAUCCAAAGGUUAAAUCUAUUACUACCCCUCCUCCGGUUACCAAAACUGAGGUAAAGGUGAAGGUAACAUCGACUUCAUCCAAGUCAACUACGAAAACAACAACUUUGGUUAAGACAAAAGAGAAGAGAGAGAAGAAAGUUUACAGCUUGUCAGGCCAGAAGUUUGAUGUUCCAGAAGAGAGAGAACCCCUGAGGAUAUUUUACGAAUCACUAUCAGAACAGAUUCCAUCAAGUGAAAUGGCUGAGUUUUGGUUAAUGGAACAUGGAUUGUUAUCCCCAGAAAGAGCAAAGAAGGUGUAUGCUAAGAAACAGACAAAACAGAAGCAGAUUCGGACAGGAACUCCCACAAAAACUCCACAAGCGAGUAAACCCGAGAGCUCAAGAAAACCAAAGCAAGUCUCAAACAACAACACCGACAGUAAAUCCAAGAAAAAAAUAACCAAAUACAGCGACGACGACGAUGAAGAUGAUUUUGUCUUAAGCAAGAGAAGGAAAGUGUAGGAAUGGAAGAAAAAGCCCUUUUAAUGUGUUAAGGUAUUUGUUUUCAUUUUGCAUCAUUAGAUUAAAAACAAAAACUACAAUGAAGACAUUAAAAUCCUAUAACCCAUGAUGUUAUAAAAAAUUCGAUAUGCGUAACUUUUUUUUUUUUUUUUUACUUAUGUUUCAUUGAAGAACUAUUAUUAGUUUUGGAUUAAGACAUGGGUAUGGGCAUUGGCAGCUGUAACAAUGAAUUGGACCAUUUGAAAUUGAAUUUUCCUUAACUUUGUUGGUCCACA